CGAAGCUCCUCCAAACUCCAGAAAGGAUGAAGUGCGCGUUGGCAUUCGUGGCUCUGUUCGUGGCGAUGGCGUUGGCCAUUCCGGUGCCGGAUCAGAACGCCGAAACGCUCCGGUUCGACAGCAACGUCGAGGUGAACGGCUACAAUUAUCAGUAUGAGACGAGCAACGGCAUCUCGGCACAGGAAGCUGGCGAGUUGAAGAACGUUGGCGACUCAGCGGCACUGGCCGUGCGUGGUUCGUACACGUACACUGCUGCCGAUGGACAGGUCUACACCGUCAACUACAUUGCGGAUGAGAACGGAUUCCAGCCGGACGGUGAACACAUCCCGAAGAAGUAGAGCGUGGAAAUGGUGCAAUGGGAGGGCUGUUAGUUUGUAAAUAAAUCAAUGGAAAAUCA